CUCCGAAGCCUGACCCGCCACCCCAAGUACAAGACGGAGCUGUGCCGCACCUUCCACACCAUCGGCUUCUGCCCCUACGGGCCCCGCUGCCACUUCAUCCACAACGCCGAGGAGCGCCGCGCCCUGGCCGGGGCCCGGGACCUCUCCGCCGACCGUCCCCGCCUCCAGCAUAGCUUUAGCUUUGCUGGGUUUCCCAGUGCCGCUGCCACCGCCGCUGCCACGGGGCUGCUGGACAGCCCCACGUCCAUCACCCCACCCCCCAUCCUGAGCGCCGAUGACCUCCUGGCCUCACCCACCCUGCCUGACGGCACCAAUAACCCCUUUGCCUUCUCCAGCCAGGAGCUGGCGAGCCUCUUUGCCCCUAGCAUGGGGCUGCCCGGGGGUGGCUCCCCGACCACCUUCCUUUUCCGGCCCAUGUCCGAGUCCCCUCACAUGUUUGACUCUCCCCCCAGCCCUCAGGAUUCUCUCUCGGACCAGGAGGGCUACCUGAGCAGCUCCAGCAGCAGCCACAGUGGCUCAGACUCCCCCACUUUGGACAACUCAAGACGCCUGCCCAUUUUCAGCAGACUUUCCAUCUCAGAUGACUAAGCCAGGGUCUACAGGAAGGAAGACUGAAAAAGUGGAUGAAGAUUGUGACAUAAGUGGGACUUUGUGAUUUAAUUUUUUUCUUUUUUUUUUUUUUUUAAGUGGGGAGGAAGGGGAAGCUAGAUGGACUAUGAGAGACUUGAUUUUGGUGCUAAAGUUCCCCAGUUCAUAUGUGACAUCUUAAAAAAAAAAAUGACAAAAAAGUGAGAGAAAAGCUAAAAAAACAUGUAAGGGGUGAGAGUUAAUGGUAUUCAUUCCACGUACAAUAUCUGUGUAAAACGAUUUCCCGUAGACGUAGCUUUAAUGGUUUUGCUCUAGAAUACCGUAGGUCUAUCCUUAGAGCACUCACGCCAUGCUUUUUUCCCUGGGUUUUUUAAACUUCAUAUAACUUUCAGAAAUUGGAGAGCAAAAUUUUUGCUUGUCACUGCACAUCAAUAUAAAAAAGCUUAUUUAACUUAUCAAAACGUAUUUAUUGCCAAACUUUGCUUUUUUUUGUUAAUUUUGUUCAUAUUUAUCGGGAUGACAAAUCCAUAGAAUAUAUUCUUUUAUGUUAAAUUAUGAUCUUCAUAUUAAUCUUAAAAUUUUGUGACGUGUCUUUUUCCCUUUUUUCCACAGUUUUAAUAUAUUAUUCUUCAACGACAUUUUUUGUAACUUUACACUUUUUUUUUGGUUAUUUUAUUUUAAAAAAAUGAAAAAUUAAUUUAAAAAAAUGCAAAAAA